GUGAUCAGUCAUGUCAUUCGUAAAGAAGAGAAACUUGCCUAAGACCUCCUGAUGUUUGAGUGAUCACAGAUACAUAAAUGUUUAUUAACGGUUCGCUAAUGACAUCUUACUUUGAGCUCUUUUUAUAGACUGUAGGUCACAAUGGAUCACACGGAGACUGCAAUCAAAAAUCAAUUUGAUCCCAGAGAGCACCAGCAUCUGAGGUACAAUCCACUGCGUGAUUCCUGGGUUCUGGUCUCAGCUCAUCGGAUGAAACGGCCAUGGAAAGGACAGGUAGAGAAGGUGCCAGUGGAAAACGUCCCUCGUCAUGACCCCAACAAUCCCCUUUGUCCCAGGAGCACCAGAGCCAAUGGGGAGGUGAAUCCUGAUUACGACAGCACGUUCCUGUUCGAUAACGAUUUCCCUGCACUACAGCCCGAUGCUCCAGAUCCCGGUUCAGGUCAUCAUCCGUUGUUCCAGACCAAAUCUGCAAGAGGUGCUUGUAAGGUCAUGUGCUUCCAUCCAUGGUCUGACGUCACUCUCCCCUUGAUGCAACCUGGAGAGAUCCGCAAAGUGAUUGACAAGUGGGCGGAGCUGAUUCAGGAGCUAGGCUCCACCUAUCCAUGGGUGCAGAUCUUCGAGAAUAAAGGAGCCAUGAUGGGCUGCUCCAACCCUCAUCCUCACUGUCAGGUUUGGGCCAGCAGCUUCCUGCCUAAUGAACCGGCGCUGGCUGAACGCUGUCAGAGGGAAUAUAAACAGCUUCACGGAGAGCCCAUGCUGUUGCAGUACGCUAACAUGGAAGCGCAGGCUCAGGAGCGUGUGGUCGUGCAGAAUGAGCAUUGGAUUGUUGUGGUGCCGUAUUGGGCCACGUGGCCUUUCCAGACUCUGCUGCUGCCACGUCGACAUGUUCUGCGUCUUCCUGAUCUCACGUCCGAGGAGAGAGACAGUCUCGCAUGCAUUAUGAAAAAGCUCCUGACAAAAUACGACAACCUCUUUGAGGUGUCCUUUCCCUACUCAAUGGGCUGGCAUGGAGCACCAACAGGAAGUCAUCUGGAAGAAGACAUGAGCCACUGGCAGCUUCACGCACACUACUACCCUCCUCUACUUCGCUCGGCCACCGUCCGCAAGUUCAUGGUGGGAUAUGAAAUGCUGGCUCAGGAGCAGCGGGACCUUACGCCCGAACAGGCUGCUGAGAGAUUACGGGCUCUCUCUGAGGAGCACUACAAUACCAAAGCGAAGGGGCAUCAGAUUUGAAAAUGGAUAUAAAGUGAGUGCUAAAAUACGGAAGACACAUUUCGAAUGUUUCAUAAUUGGCUGUGGAAACUCAAGACCUAGAUACCUGCUCAGGUAAAGAUGCUGAUAUGAAACUUGACAGCAGCUCCUCAGAUGGAUGUCUUUAUUUUGACCGAAACACAAUUAAAACACAGUUUUGUUUUGUUUUUCCGCAGUAAUAUUUGUGAUCAGAUUUUAUAAAUGACCGAUCCAUACCAGUGUCUGUGUCCUAAAAUGAUGACUUACAUGAAAUAUGUAUUAAUUGCUGAUCAACUUUAAAAAAUGGCCUAUCAAUAAAUAAUUACCAUGAAAUAGC